GGCUCACCAUGUGCCUUCAGUAACAAAAUACGAGUUUACUUCACCGUUACUCGUUGAUCGUUUGUGAACCUCAAUUAUGUCAUUUUGUUUCAAUUUCGACUUGCAGACAGAAAGUGCAAAUGGCUUUCAAACGGAACCGAAAGACGGAAAGGAGGACGCUGUCAGUCAACAUAGAGUUGAGAAGAAACAAGCAGUGUUUGUAAAGGAGGCGAAAGAGCACCCCCUCCCCUCUGACCCACAGCUCCUCCUCACAGAUGUUGUCUGUGAAACAGUCACAAUCGGAGCCUUGCCUCCUCUUCACUUUCUCAAUGAGACGGUUUUUGAGAAAACUGUCUCUGAGCGGGAGGAUGAAGAGAAGAUCCUGACCCGCAGCGCUGAGCAGAGGUCUGAUCUCAUCUCCGGCGUGUACGAGGGCGGGCUGAAGGUGUGGGAGUGCACUUAUGACCUCUUGGAAGUGAUGGAGCGAGAUGGAGAGACCUUUGGGGGGAAGACUGUUUUGGAUUUAGGCUGUGGUGCGGGGCUGUUGGGGAUAUUAUCUCUGAAGCGGGGAGCCAAGCGGGUGGACUUCCAGGACUACAACAGUACUGUGAUUGAACAGCUCACUAUGCCUAAUGUUAUUCUGAACUGCCACGAUGAUGAUGAUGAUGAUGAUGAAGACAGUGAAGAUGAGAGUGGAGCUAAGGGGAGAGGUUCUCCAUCCAAAACUGAACCGGAGACUAAAAGAAAAGCAUUAGAUCCGUCUCAACACCCGCUGCUGAGCAAGUGUCACUUCUUCUCCGGGGACUGGGAGACGUUUCUACCCUUAGUUCUGGAGAAAGACCCAUCACCACAAUACAACAUCAUCUUCACCUCAGAGACCAUCUACAACACCGACUACUACCCGGCACUUCACAUGAUUCUGCAAAAACUGCUUGCUUCUGAGGGAGUCAUCUACCUGGCCACCAAGUCCCACUACUUUGGAGUUGGGGGUGGGCUGCACCUUUUUAAGGUGUUUGUGGAGGAGAAGGGGGUUUUCUCUGUCGAUCACCUGUGGGACGGUGAAGAAGGACUGCAAAGACAUGUUGUAGUGCUGCGUUUUAAAAAGUAA